AUGACAGAGGCCGAGACGCGUCAGAAAUUGCUGCGCAAUGUGAAGAAAGAGGUGAAACAGAUCAUGGAGGAAGCGGUUACCAGGAAGUUUGUCCACAUGGACAGCAGUCAUAUCAUAUCUUUCUGUGCUGUGGUGGAGGCGUGUUUGCUCCAUGGCCUGAAGCGAAGAGCAGCCGGCCUCCUGUGCAGCAACAAGGUGGCCGCUCUCUUCAUGAAGGUGGGGAAAAGCUUCACUCCUGCUGAGGAACUCUGCCAGAAGGUCCAGGAGCUGGAACAGCUCAUGGAGAACAACAAACAGAACCAGUACCAGUUGAAUAACGACGGUGUGAAGAAGCAGUCCAAACAGGCCAACGUCACACCUCAGGCCCUGAAGCACCUGUGGAUCCGCACGGCCCUCAUGGAGAAACUUCUGGACAGGAUCGUCCUGUACCUGGUGGAGAACUGCAGUACAUUUUACGAGAGGGAAGCCAUGCUAACAGAUCCGGUGGACGGGCCGAUUCUUGCUUCUCUGUUAGUGGGGCCCUGUGCCCUGGAGUACACCAAGAUGAAGACGGCAGACCACUUCUGGACCGACCCCUCCGCUGACGAGCUGGUGCAGAGGCAUCGCAUCCACAGCGGACACUGUCGCCAAGACUCCCCCUCCAGACGCCCUGCGCUGAUCCAGAAGAGACAGUCCAGCGGCAGCAUGGAUGACCGGCCUCUACUGUGGGCGAGAGACUAUGUGGAAUCCCUCCAUCAGAACUCCAGGGCGACCCUGCUGUUUGGCAAGAACAACGUCCUUGUCCAGCCGAGGGACGACAUGGAGGCCAUCCCAGGGUACCUGUCCCUCCAUCAAACUGCCGACCUCAUGACCUUGAAAUGGACGCCCAACCAGCUCAUGAAUGGCACUGUAGGAGAGCUGGACACUGACAAAAGUGUUUACUGGGACUUUGCCAUGACAAUUCGUCUGGAGGAGAUAGUUUACCUGCACUGUCAUCAGCAAGUGGACAGUGGUGGAACCGUGGUUCUGGUGAGCCAGGAUGGGAUCCAGAGGCCUCCGCUCAGGUUCCCCAGAGGGGGUCACCUUCUCCAGUUCCUCACCUGCCUAGAGACGGGACUGCUUCCUCACGGCCAGCUCGACCCUCCCCUCUGGUCCCAAAGAGGAAAGGGAAAGGUGUUCCCAAAGUUGCGGAACAGGAGUCCGCAGGGGUCAUGUGACUCUGUGUCGGACAAGGAUGACGACGAAGCCACGGAUUACGUUUUUCGAAUCCUGUUUCCUGGCAGUCUGACGGAGUUUGUGGCUCCAGAGUUGGUGGAUCAGGGCGUGAACAUGUGGCACCCCACGCCCAGGAAGUCCUCCUGCUCCUCCUGCUCUCAGAACGGCUCCUCGGAUGGAUCCCUGCCUAACGGCUGCAACCAAGACAGGGCUCCCUUGAAACUGCUCUGUGACACGAUGAAGUACCAGAUCAUUUCCCGGGCUUUUUACGGCUGGCUUGCGUACUGCCGCCACCUGUCCACCGUCCGUACCCACCUCUCUGCUCUGGUCAACCCCACCAUGGUGGACCCCGACCUGCCUCACGACUGCAGAACUGGCCUCUCGGUGGAAGUCUGGAAAGGGUUCCUCCUCGACUGCUCUGCCUACGAUGAACAGGAGCUCAUGAGGCGGGUGUAUAUCGGGGGCGUGGACCCCACCCUGCGGAGGGAGGUGUGGCCUUUCCUCCUGGGACACUAUCACUUCUCCAUGACGCACAAGCAGAGGACACAGGUGGACGAGCAGGUGAGAGCCAGCUACCAGCAGACCGUGGAGGAGUGGCGGGGCUGUGAGUCCAUCGUCAAGCAGAGGGAGAGCGAGAAGCAUGCGGAAGCCCUGGCGAGGUGCUCCUCUGGGGCCAGCGCGGAGAGAGGCGUGGUGCAACGAGACUCCACCCUCAGCGCUGACAACAUCAGUCUAGACCGCCAGAAUGCCCAUUCCCAGACCGACUCCAACAGUAGCAUGCAGGUAUUUGGGUCUGUCGAGGAAGUGGAUCAGAUUGAAUCUGAGAGCAGGACCGAAGAAGCCAAGCCCGACAGCCCCGUGAAGGAUGUCCCGGAUGUCAUCCCAAACGUGGACUCCAAUUCUGGGGACAGCUGCUCCUGUGAGCCCCCUGAGUCCAGCCUGUCGGAUCCACCCCCAGGCCCAGACUGCAAGGUCACUUCCUCUGCUCCGGCUGUCAGCCCCACAUCUCCUCGGCUGACAGUAGAGACCCCAGGGGAGCAGAGGGAAGAGGAACCCUCCCUAGAGGCCAAGGCUGGGUCACCACCGGCGGAGACUCCUCUCCCAGUCACCAGAGUAGAGAAGGACCAGGACGUUCUGACGCAGGCCGAGGAACAAGCUGAUAAGAAAGCAGAGACCAGAGACUGGGAGAACGAAGUGGUCCAACUCUCGGAACUCGAGGGAAUCCAGGAAACUCCGGGGUGCGUCGAGAAAGAGGAUCCUGUCAAAGAUGCCGGGAAGGUCUCCGGAACGUCCGAGAUGGAAGUAGACAAAGCCAAACGGUUGUCUAAAGGUUUGGACGCAGAUGACGCAAUUCACCCAGUAAGAGCAGCUCCGGAGAACGUUCUGAGACUAGAGACCGAGGUGUCAAAUGAGUACAUUCAAGCUCCUCCACUUGGGCAGACAAUGGGAAUUAUAACACAAGUGAGCAAAACCACAGACAAAGAAUCUCUCUGCCGGUCUCCAACAGAGAAACCCAAAGAUCCUUUGGUAGAAGAAAAAGCAAAGGUUACCAAAAAAGCAGAGAAGCCAAGUUCUCCUGGAAUUGACAAAGUCGAAGACGUCGAACCCUGUCAGACAAGUGAGACUUUGAGCGGCGAGAAAGACGAGAAGGACGCUGAAACCAACGUCUCCGAAAAAGCCCAAACCAAAACCCCCGACUCUGUCAGAACCGCACCGCCUGAGACAAACGCUUUCAGAUCAACAGACGUGACGUUAGCUUUAGCCUCAGAGCAGCAUGGUCCUAGCGAACCUACCACACACGGCCUGGACGCAUCCCAACCCAGAACCGGCGAACACGAGGCACCUCAAUCCAAGCGGUCUCCAGAUAUGGCGGACUCCGACGACUCCCCCUCCGCUCUGGAGAUGGAGGAUAUCCCCAUGGCCCUGGGGGGGUGUCUGACCAUGGGGGAUGUGUGGGCCAGGCCCCCGGCAGGCCUGGCUGCCCCCUCAGUCUCCCUGGGCCUGGGGGUGAGAGCCCUGGAGAUCCAGCCAGACCCAGGCUGCAGUACCACUCCUGAGGGGACGGACACAGCCUUGUCUGAAGAGGAGCCGGAGAUGGAGAGCUUUUUCCCUCUUCCGGAGAUGGAGGAAGUAGGGGAGAAGAUCCAACCUGUGGAGCAAUCUCUAACGCCUCCUGGAAUAGUCCCAUACUCGCAGGAACAACUAGAUCUGUACUUGAUCAACCUGCAUCGCAUUGAUAAAGACGUCAGACGAUGUGACAGGACAUUUUGGUACUUCACACCAGCCAACCUGGAAAAACUGCGUAACAUCAUGUGCAGUUAUGUCUGGCAGCACCUAGAGAUUGGUUAUGUCCAAGGCAUGUGUGAUCUGCUGGCCCCCCUUCUGGUCAUUCUGGAUGACGAGGUCAUGGCAUUCAGCUGUUUCUCCGAACUCAUGAAGCGGAUGAAUCAGAAUUUUCCCCACGGAGGGGCUAUGGACUCACACUUUGCAAAUAUGCGUUCACUCAUCCAGAUCCUCGAUUCUGAGUUGUUUGAACUGAUGCAGCAGAAUGGAGACUACACACACUUUUACUUCUGCUACCGCUGGUUUCUACUGGACUUCAAAAGAGAGAUGGUGUAUGAUGACGUGUUUUCUGUGUGGGAGACUAUCUGGGCGGCCAAGCACACCUCCUCUGGGAACUUUGUCCUCUUCAUCGCUCUGGCACUGGUCGAAAUGUACAGGGACAUCAUCCUAGAAAACAACAUGGACUUCACAGACAUCAUUAAGUUCUUCAACGAAAUGGCAGAACAUCACAAUGUCCAGCAGGUCCUGAUGAUGGCCAGAGAUCUGGUCCACAAAGUGCAGACCCUCAUUGAGAACAAGUGAUCCAGCAUGCAGUUGUUCAUUCCCUAUCACUCUGUGUAAAAUUGUGAAAAUUGUGGCACACAUAAUGCUCAUGUACUAGGGAUACCCUAUAUAUUUAUAAAACUGAAACCAAUAUUCAGAAAAUGGUGAGGAAUAUGGUGGCCGUGUUAAUAUCUAUCAAUAUUUUUUUUGUUGUAUCCUGAAAUGGCCAGGUAGCAGAUCUGGAAAUGUAUGUCAUACCAUGAUCAUUGCACAACAGUGUUUCCAAAUGUUUCCAGGUUGUACUAACAGUCAGCGAUUACUUUAUUAAUAAAUGGAAUUGUUUACCUAGUGUAUGUAGGCCUGCCUGAUGUACAACCAUCUUUGCACAUUGCUUCAGGGUGUUACAGUAUUAGUUUUGCCUUAAAUCAAGUUAUUUUGUUCAGGGAUAUUGCUGUCAAACAGAACCAAAUGAUUACAUUUGCAUACAUCUUUUGUGUUUAGCAAAAGCAACAUAGAAAUAGUGCACAUAGAUAAUACAGCUGAAAGUCGAGGAUCAAAAGUACAGUUCUAACAGUAUUUCAAUGGUCAGAAUAAAGGAACUGUUUGUAUUUACUAGGCACAGCAAACCGCAAAGUAACCUUAACUUGUAACUCGUAGUUGAUUUGUUUGUAUAUUGGCAUCAUGUAGCUGUGAGUUAGACCGGUCUUGAACAGAACUGCCGGAGAAUUAGCCUGCAUCUCUAUCAACUAGGAAGGAAUCUGUUCCCAUGGCUGUUAAUGAAAACCAACAUAUUGUGUCACCUAGCAACAGUGUUUCUGUGUCUGUGCUUCUGUCUCAGCAGAAAAUAUCUUCUCACGUCUUUGCAUCGCUGAUUGUGAAAAUGUAAUUUGUGGUCGAUAACUGAAUUGUAAACACAUGACGUUCAAAAGUAAUCUGUAAGUUGCACAAAGUAAGAUAUUUGUUUAUUCUAUGAGACAAAAAUGAGAGAGAUGAGAGACUAAUAGACAAAGUUAGACAAGAAUAACUAAAUAGAAAGAAAACUCUUAUUUUUUCAAUGUCUUCUUAAAAUGGUGUAAUUAUUACUUUGCUGUGUAUUAAACAAUCAGUAUAUUUUG